AUGUUAAUUACUGGUUAUUUUUAUGCUUCUAAAACCGGUGAAUAUCAAUUCAUCUUAAAUUAUAUUGAUGAUCUCUCUUUUCUUAACAUUGGUGCUGGUAGAGCUUUUGAUUGCUGUGAACAAAGGGCAUCUGUCGCUAACCCUGGCUCAUUCGAUCUUUCUGUUACUUGGCCUCAAACGGAUAACACUGCUACUGUUACUCUUUUAGGAGGAUACUAUUACCCAAUAAGAAUAUUUUUUGUGAACAGAUUGGGUCCAGCUGGCCUUACAGUGUCUUUCAAGGAUCCUGAUGGCGUUCUCCAUAGUACAUUCGACGGCUAUAUCUACAGUAUCCCAGAUGGUCAACCAUGUCCUGUUCCUGUCGUUACAACAACUUUACCAUGGACUGGUACAGUAACAACUACAUUCACUACUUUAACCACAAUUACAGGCCAAAAUGGAGGUACUUCACCUGGAAACCUUGUUGUUGUUGAGACCCCCGAAGUUCAAACUGCUACCACCGUCUUCACUCCAUGGACCGGUGUCAGUACCGUUACUAUUGCCACUGAUUUGACUACUACCACUGGUGCCGAUGGUGUUCCAACUGUGAAGACCAUCUACCAUGUCGAAACUCCAGAAGUCGACCAAAAGACCACUGUUUUCACUCCAUGGACUGGUACCAUUACGUCAACAUUCGCUACUGACGUUACUACCACUACCGGCAAAGAUGGUAUUAAAACCGUGAAGACCAUUUACCAUGUUGAAACUCCAGAAGUUGACCAAAAGACCACUGUUUUCACUCCAUGGACCGGUACCAUUACGUCAACAUUCGCUACUGACGUUACUACCACUACUGGUGCUGACGGUAUCGAAACCGUGAAGACCAUUUACCAUGUUGAAACUCCAGAAGUUGACCAAAAGACCACAGUCUUUACCCCAUGGACCGGUACUAUUACCUCGACUAUUGCCACUGAGUUGUCCACAACUACUGGUGCGGAUGGCGUUGAAACCGUCAAGACCAUUUACCACGUCGAGACCCCAGAGUUUAAGACCGCUAGUACUAAAUUUACUCCAUGGACUGGUGCCGACUUUUCAACCUACUCUACGGAUGUCACUACUGCUACAGGAUCUGAUGGUGUUCCAACCAUAAAUACCAUCUACUAUGUCGAAACCCCUGAAGUAAAAACUGCGACAACAGUAUUCACUCCUUGGACCGGUACCGUAUAUUCAAUGUACUCUACAGAUGUUACCACAUUCACUGGCACAAAUGGGUUACCAACAAUCAAUACCAUUUACUACGUUGAAACUCCAGAAGUCGAAGUAUCAACUACAGUAGUUACACCAUGGACUGGCGCCAUUACUUCUACGUACUCAACUGAUGUCACCACAAUCACAGGAUCUAAUGGAAUUCCAACUAUAAAGACCAUUUAUCAUGUUCAAACACCAGAAAUUGAAACUGCCACUACCGUCUUCACUCCAUGGACUGGCGCCAUUACUUCUACGUACUCAACUGAUAUCUCAACCUUUACAGGUUCGGACGGCAUUCCAACAGUUGAAACAAAGUAUUAUGUCGAGUUCCCACAAGUAGAUCCUACCACAACGGUGUUUACUCCAUGGACUGGUACAUUCACCAGCACAUACAGUACUGAAUUUACAACAAAUAACUGGAUCUGA